AUGGAAAGUGAAAUUGUCCGAUACAUUUUGGUGAGUAAUGUGGUUUAUCGGGAAUUACGACAAUUGAAGAUCGAAGUGGAACAGCAACGCCUGCUAUUUGCAGUACCCACACAUACUAUAAAGGUGUUGACUGCAAUGGUCUUGGAGGAGGCAAUGUACUCAGUUGCAAGAUUUAUCAAGGGCUAUGUUUACCAAAAACGACCACUACAGGUCGAAGUGGAACAACGACGCCUGCUGUUUGUAGUACUUUUAAACGAUUUAAGGAAGUGGACUGCAGCUCUGUCCACUCAACUGAUGCAAUUGGUUGCAGGGUUUAUCAACAGCUAUGUUCAACGAAGGCGACCUCUGAAGAGCGAAGUGGAACAACAGCGCCUUCCGUUUGCAGUACUCUUGGACGAUUUAGAGAUGUUGAUUGCAGUGGUGUUGAGACAUUUGAAAGAAUUCCUUGCGCGGUUUAUCAUCAGCAAUGUACACCAGAGACAACCCCUAGAGGUAAGCAGCUACAACUAUUUGUCGACAAUCUAUCAUUUGAAAAAGCAUCGGCAUCGACGUAUUCAUGAAAAAACAUCGGCAUCGACGCAAUACAGCUGCUUCUUGGCUUAUGUCGGGGAUUGA